AUGCUCUCAGCUGCACAUUCUAUUUCCUCGCCGGUCAUAAUGGCAGCUCCCGCCGAUUAUUCUCCCAAGCCGCCCUUCGAGGCCAGUCUCUCUGGCCAAAGGCAGUUCAAAAAGCACAAAGUUCUGCCUCGUCCACGUCACGAGAGAACGCCUGAAAUCCCAAUUCAGAUCGCGAAAGCUACUCCGCCUAAACGUGACCUGCUCAUUGAAACCUCACGUUCUGGAAACGGCGCUCAACCGUCCAGCCCCCGAACCCUCAAACAUCAAUCGCGAAGGAUUGGGAGUGGUCCAGAUCUCCCCCCUACUCCUCCGAGACACUCGCGCAAGUCCUCGGAUAACUCGUCCGGUAAGGCGAGUAGUCCAUCCGCGACCGACGAAGCAUUGCAGACGCCUCAGCAGUCGAAACCACGACCACCCACUACACCACCUAACCAGAAGAGCCCACCUACCCCGGAUGUAACACCGCCUCACCAUGCCAGCCGUCCCAAACUGCUGCGCCCCGACGUCACUGAGCGCCCUGGUUCGAGCACCACAACUGUUGGCUCACAAUCUGGCUCCUUCACAACCGCCCGGGAAGAGCUUUCGGUGGAUGAAGAUGAAGAUAGGUCUGCCAAUACGAAGGCUUCGCGCUCGACUGUGCGCCAAGUGCCUGAUACCGGCGCCUACAUUCCGCAGCCUGAGGCACUGGGCCUGGCAUUAGCCAACUUGCCCCCUCGCUCUGAAGGGAGCAGUACGUCUAGAUCAGGGGUGGAUUGGGGCCAUAAUGACAGCGAUUGGGGCUCCGUGAGCGAGGUCGAGCAGGAAUGGGACCACAACCUGCAGAGAUUGGUAACCGUCAAGAAGCGACCUCAGCCUCUCGAGAUACCAACUUCAAACCCGUACGGAAUCAGGGUUGUUGAGCCCAACAUAAUAACACCGACACAAGCAGCCAAGGCAGUUCGGAAUCUGUCGUUGCACCAAAGAAAUGACAGCGUUCCCUCUGCGAAACGACUUUCAACUCGUGAUGCAGCACCAUCGGCUCCCUCGAGCACAGUCACCGCCAGCUCCGACCCGCGCAGGGCAUCGGCCAUAUCGACAAAAUCUACCGUCUCGACUGUUGUAGAGGCCUACCUCUUGGACGCUACACCGAAGAGGCAGAGGACCCUGCGCCAUGUCCGAAAGCAGACUAUCUUGAGGGACCCUCUCGAUGACUCGCCAAGCUCAACCGCCCAUUCUCUCAAGUCGGACAAAUCACAGAAGGAGCAACGCGUUCGCAGCCGCCCGGAUACCUUAAAGCAUGAGAGCCAGGCUUCAAGCACGACGCUCAAUUCUGUCUCGAGCGGUAGGGCCAGACGGGAGGUCUGGAAAUCUGGUGGUAUUCCUGUGGUGGUGGUUCCAGAUCGCCUGUCGUCACACAAGCCAAAGUCCAGCAAAGAACCUUCCUUGAGAUCUCGUUCGAGCCGUACUGCAAGCAUCAGCCCGGCACCCAAUGACAGAUCGACGACCAACGACGAAGCAACUCUCGUGUCUCGCGAGUCUCGAGGUCGUAGAAGUUCUGUGCCCGAUGACUCGGACCAGAGGACUAUUGAUUAUCCUCCUAUCGUUCCGGCUCGCUCAUCUUCCCUCUCGGCGCCUACUAGUCGCAAUGGCUCACGGGCCAGCUCAUUGACUGCCGAGAGCAUCAAGCUUCACAACGCCCUGCAGGAGUCUCUGAUGAAGAAGAAGGAGGAAGGCAAGGUGCCUGACAUCAAAUUUUCGGAAGAUGUGCUGGCCCCACGGACUCUUUCUAAUGCUUCCGAGAAGGACUGGGCUCAUCGUCGCCUGAGUUCCGAGCGUCACGACGAUUUCCUGUUCGCCAAGGGAUAUGGGCCACAAAACACGCCAUUCUCGCUGGCUUCUGUUGAUACAAAUGGGACUAACCCAGUGGUUUCGGAAGCUCUAGCAGUGCAGAUGUACCCUCAUCAGAACUCGUCCUUGUUAAUGGUUGACCACUCGACUAGGCCAUCUGAAUCGCUUGACGAGGAUCAGAGGGAAGAUGCUGAGUUGGAAGUGCCACUGCCGACCGACUCCUCAGAGGAAACUCCUGUUACACCCCCUCAGACAAAAUUCUCAUUCAACGACAUCGACUCACCGCUCCGAAACCCACGAGCGCCUCCUGAGCCACCCAGUCACCCACCGGCCAUCAAUUUCAUUCCCGCAACUCCAUCAGGCAGCACACCGGCCCAUGAAAAGAUGGUGCAGAUGGGCAACUACUUUGAGGCUCUUGGAGAGAAGCCUCCUCGACGUCCUUCGGUGGUGCGCCGGGCUUUCAGCCGUCACCGUCGCCACUCGGUUGAUUUCGGCCCUUCAACUUCGAAGGCCCAGAGCUUCUUGACCCGGAGAUUGUCUCUCUCACGCACUCGACACGGCAAGGGGAUGCCAGACAUGGAACGUGAACCAGCGUAUCCAAGCCCCGACGAUAGUCCAGCGGAAGAGAACAAGUUGCACCCGUUCUGGCGCCCACAAUGGUCCAGCGAGGAUUCAGAUGACUGGGACGGCUAUGACGACGGCGUCCGUUUCUCAAACGACCCGGUGGAACAAGUCUACCGAUAUCCUCCUGUGGACAACCGACCAUCAAAGGGACUUGAGAGAAGCUUCAGCGCGAGAAUGAAGCGCACAUUUGCUGUCCUCCCUCGCGAAGACUCUUACUACACCAGCUACGACUGGCCCACUACCGAGCGCCGUACCAUUGGCCGAACUCCAAGUGGAAAUCUUCGAGUUAUGCGACAUCGUGCCAGCCUGGAUUCUCUGCGACGCAAUUACAAUGACGAAGAGCGACCUUACAGCGCGUUGGACGGAGACGUCAAGAGGCCGUUCUGGCGGUCGAACAGUCUGCAUCGACGAGCCAACAAGGAAAGACGUCGGCUUUCCCUCGGUAGCAGACUCGAGGAGAUCCAUAACCUUCGGCGGAAGCUCAGUGAAAGGAGACGCGAGAAGCGGUCUCGAGAGCUCCGUCAAAAGAUUAGUGGACCGAAGGAGGUUCGAGAUGGAGUAGGAGACGUGAUCCGGUCGGGCACUGCGCGCGAUCACUACCAAACACACACACCGGCUUGA